AUGGAUUACUUCGCAGUGGCUGCUGCUCACCGUGGCUCAUACUUUGAGUCGCUCGUGGAUGCCGGUUCAUCCAACUCGAGUUCCCCAGACGUACGUCUCCCCAAAGCCGGCCCUGCCCUGGGAGCCAGCUCCUGUGCCGUGGCGGCGGAGAUAUUGACCCUUUGUUCCUCGACGCAGAAUAUGGGCGAUGUGUUCCGGUAUGGCGGUCUCGAGCCCGGGAUGUUCCCCCCGAGCCACGGCUGGAGCCAGGCCGAUCUCGACACGCUCGACGCCUUUGCCGAGUUCAAGCCCCAGACGGCCCGACAGGGCAGCGCACAGCCGUCGACCGACUCGGAACAAACGAUCGUCCCCCCCUCGAAACUGGUGAGGGACAUCUUCAGCAACGAGCCACGCCUGCAUGCUAACGAGCAGGGCCAGCGUCGGAGGGCGCAGAACCGCGCCUCGCAGCGCGCCUUCCGCGAGCGCAAGGAGAAGCACGUCAAGGGCCUCGAGUACCAGCUGGAGACGCUCAACGAGAAGCACCAGGACCUGCUGUGCUCGUACAACAAGCAGAGCGACAGCAUCAUCCGACUCAACACCAAGAUCGCCCAGCUGCAGGCCGACCUGGAAGCUCUGCGCUUCUCCGCCACCAUGACGGAACCCCCGACCUCCCACUCCCAUUACCGGCACAAAUGGAACGGCCCCAAGACGACGCCGCCGGACAAGUUCGACGCCUUCCCCAACCCCGUCGCCCACCCUGUGCCCGUGCUCUACGACGGCUACGAGCUGGGGCCCGACGGAACGAUCGUCAGCACCGUCGAAAAUCAAAAUGCUGCACAAGCGACCAAGAAGAAGCGGAGGUUACCAGACUUCGAGGAUCUGCUACGCAUGGGAUGA